UGGGCCGGGUGCUGGAGGCCUCGAGGGUGCGCGGGCCGGCCCCAGGGAGGCAGCAGCCAUGGAGCUGUGGCGCCAGUGUACCCACUGGCUGAUCCAGUGCCGCGUGCUGCCGCCCAGCCACCGUGUGACCUGGGAUGGUGCCCAGGUGUGCGAGCUGGCGCAGGCCCUCCGGGAUGGGGUUCUCCUUUGCCAGCUGCUCAACAACCUGCUGCCCCACGCCAUCAACUUGCGCGAGGUCAACCUGCGCCCCCAGAUGUCCCAGUUCCUGUGCCUUAAGAACAUCCGCACCUUCUUGUCUACGUGCGGCGAGAAGUUUGGCCUCAAGAGGAGUGAACUCUUCGAGGCCUUUGACCUCUUCGAUGUGCAGGAUUUUGGGAAGGUCAUCUACACCCUGUCCGCUCUGUCCUGGACUCCGAUUGCCCAGAACAAGGGGAUCAUGCCCUUCCCCACUGAGGAGGAGAGUGUGGGCGAUGAAGACAUCUACAAUGGCCUGUCCGACCAGAUCGACGACACGGUGGAGGAGGAUGAGGACCUGUACGACUGCGUGGAGAACGAGGAGGCUGAGGGUGACGAAAUCUACGAGGACCUCAUGCGCUCAGAGCCGGUGCCCAUGCUGCCCAAGAUGACAGAGUAUGACAAGCGGUGCUGCUGCCUGCGAGAGAUCCAGCAGACGGAGGAGAAGUACACGGACACGCUGGGCUCCAUUCAGCAGCACUUCAUGAAGCCCCUGCAGCGGUUCCUCAAACCUCAAGACAUCGAGAUCAUCUUCAUCAAUAUUGAGGACCUGCUUCGUGUGCACACCCACUUCCUAAGGGAGAUGAAGGAAGCCCUGGCCACUCCCAGUGCACCCACCCUGUACCAGGUCUUCAUCAAAUACAAGGAGAGGUUCCUCGUCUAUGGCCGCUACUGCAGCCAGGUGGAGUCGGCCAGCAAGCACCUGGACCGCGUGGCCACAGCCCGGGAGGAUGUGCAGAUGAAGCUGGAGGAAUGUUCUCAGCGAGCGAACAAUGGGAGGUUCACCUUGCGGGACCUGCUGAUGGUGCCCAUGCAGCGGGUACUCAAGUACCACCUCCUUCUCCAGGAGCUGGUGAAACACACACAAGACACCGUGGAGAAGGAGAACCUGCGGCUGGCCCUGGAUGCCAUGAGGGACCUGGCGCAGUGCGUGAACGAGGUCAAGCGGGACAACGAGACGAUGCGGCAGAUCACCAACUUCCAGCUGUCCAUCGAGAACCUGGACCAGUCUCUAGCCCACUACGGCCGGCCCAAGAUCGACGGAGAGCUCAAGAUCACCUCGGUGGAGCGGCGCUCCAAGAUGGACAGGUACGCUUUCCUGCUCGACAAAGCUCUGCUCAUCUGUAAGCGCCGAGGGGACUCCUACGACCUCAAGGACUUUGUGAACCUGCACAGCUUCCAGGUUCGAGAUGACUCCUCCGGAGAGCGCGACAACAAGAAGUGGACUCACAUGUUUCUCCUAAUCGAAGACCAAGGUGCUCAGGGCUAUGAGCUGUUCUUCAAGACGCGAGAGCUGAAGAAGAAGUGGAUGGAGCAGUUCGAGAUGGCCCUCUCCAACAUCUACCCUGAGAAUGCCACUGCCAAUGGGCAUGACUUCCAGAUGUAUUCCUUUGAAGAGACUACAUCCUGCAAAGCUUGCCAGAUGCUGCUGAGAGGCACCUUCUAUCAGGGCUACCGUUGUCAUCGGUGCCGGGCACCAGCACACAAGGAGUGUCUGGGGAGGGUCCCUCCGUGUGGACGACACGGGCAAGAUUCUGCAGGAACUAUGAAGAAGGAUAAGCCACAUCGCCGCGCUCAGGACAAAAAAAGGAAUGAACUGGGCCUGCCCAAGAUGGAGGUGUGUCAGGAGUACUACGGGCUACCUCCACCCCCUGGAGCCUUCGGACCUUUUCUACGGCUCAACCUUGGAGACAUCGUGGAGCUCACCAAGGCUGAGGCCGAACAGAACUGGUGGGAGGGCAGGAACACAUCUACCAAUGAAGUUGGCUGGUUUCCCUGUAACAGGGUCAAGCCCUAUGUGCAUGGUCCCCCUCAAGACCUGUCUGUUCAUCUCUGGUAUGCUGGCCCCAUGGAGCGCGCGGGAGCGGAAAGCAUCCUCACCAAUCGGUCGGACGGGACGUUCUUGGUGCGGCAGAGGGUGAAGGACGCGGCGGAGUUUGCCAUCAGCAUUAAGUAUAAUGUUGAGGUCAAGCAUAUUAAAAUUAUGACAGCGGAAGGACUGUACCGGAUUACAGAGAAGAAAGCUUUCCGGGGGCUUGUGGAGCUGGUGGAGUUUUAUCAGCAGAAUUCCCUAAAGGAUUGUUUCAAGUCGCUGGACACCACCCUGCAGUUCCCCUUCAAGGAGCCAGAGAGGAGAGCCAUUAGCAAACCAGCAGGACGCCUGCCACAGCAUGGCUUGCCAAGCGGUGCCAUGUCCACACCCGGGAUCCCAACUGGUGAACUCCAGGCUACCGAGAAGCGGUGCCACCGGGCUGACCCCAAAAUAAAUAUUUCUAUCUGUCUGUGUGUUACUUAUUUGUCCUGGUGGAUAUAUGGGUGUUCAGUCUUGGCAUAUUUGCAGAAAUACUACAAAUUAAUUUUAUGUUUUACAAUGUUGCUUAGUAUUGUACUAUGGAAAGUUUUUCAUUUCUUUUUUUUUCCUCUUAUUUUUCCCCCACUCCCUCUCUGUUUUUGGACCCUUGGUCCUCCUUGAGAUAUUAGCGUUAACAGCCUAGAAUGAAAUUUUCCACAUCUUUCCUCUGUUCUUUUUAUUAUAAAUAUGUACAAACCAUUUAAAAAAUUUAUAAAUGGUAUUAUUUUCUAAAUUUGGAUGCCGGUUGGGCUGGAACGAUGAUUCCAGGAGUACAAUGGUGGCCCCACCAGAGCACAGGGCACCCGAGGUUCUGCAUAAAGAAGCAUUGAGGGACCCUGCAUCUUGAUAUCACCCUCCUGAGAGCAUUACCUUCCCUCACCUGUCUCCCUGACAGUGGGCAGGUGUCUGCCCCAGGUCCUUCACCCACC